CGCUCGUCCAAAUUAAUCGUGAUUUCAUUAACAUAAUGUUGUGUCUGUAUGCUACUAUUGCAACUGCUGUUGUAGUAGCAGCCCUGUGCUGCGUGGGCAGGAGGUUCAUCCCUUGUUUGUAAACAUGCCUUCUACCCCGUAAUAUGUCUAUCGUAAUAAAGAAAUCUAAUCCCGCCCGGCCUGUCAAACUACAAACUAAAAAAUUCAAGAGGGACAAAUCGAGCAAAACAUGGACACGAUUAUCUAACAGAAUUGAUAACAACAAUCCAAUUACCGACACAAACACGAAACAAAUUGAAAUAGUAAUAAACGAUCUCGGAGACAAGAAGAUACCUGUACAAGACUUUGUGACUUUAAUCAGUCCUUAUACAGCCGAUGGUGGAGCUGCAUUGAGGUCUGUUUUCGACGAAGACGCGCGAGAAUUUCGACAAAAGAUGGAAAAGUGUUACGAAAUCGCUGUUCAAAAAGCUUUGGGCGAUAAACAAAUUGCUUCUAUACCAUUAUACAGCAACAAGCACGACGUGGUGACUGACAAAAUGGUGAGAAUUAUAAACAAGGUGCUUCAAAUGGUACCGGACUUCGAUUUCGAUAAGUACUGGCGGUACGGUAGCGAUUAUUUAAAGUCCGCAGUACCCGUACCGCGACUGGAAGAAGACGAGAAUUUACGGAGACUAAGAAACGACUGUGAACGGUUAACUGAAGAAAAUAGAAGAUUAGAACUUAUUCUAGACAAAUUGAAGAUGGAGCAAAAAUUGGAGCAAAUAUUUGCCGAUGAAGUUCAUGCAUCAGUUGAAUCAGUGCGCGUGCAAUUGGAAAAAGAAGAGGCGGAACUGAGACAACAAUUGCACCAAUUGAAUGAAAAAAUGGAAAGAUAUUUGAUGGGAAACGAGAAUAUUGCAAAUUGUAGAAAUGGGCAGUACAAUUUCAAAUUGUGUUCCUCUCGAUAAAUUUGGUACAUUAUAGUUGACCGGGAUUGACAGUGGAUUUGGUUUGUUAAAUCAACUUUGUUAAUAUUGU